AUGUCAUAUUUUGGAAUAAUAGAAUAUUCCAAAAAAUGUGUUCAAGAAGCUGCAGAGCAACGAAAAUCAACUAAUAUAGAAAAUUUUUUAGAGAUUAAAAAUUUUGUAGACAAGCAAUUCACUGCUUUAGUACGUUUGAACAUGGAUAUUGCGCUUUAUGUGUCUAAAUACAUGUUAAAUGGAAAAAAUAUGAAAUGA